AUGGCGUCAAAAGUCUCAAACCGUGAGGAGGACUCGAUGAACAAUGAGCCAUCACUCUCCGGAAAAACAAUUAUCGGAUUGAUUUAUCCACCGCCGGAUAUUCGAACUAUCGUGGACAAAACAGCCCGAUUCGUCGCCAAAAACGGUGUGGAUUUUGAAAAUAAAAUUCGCGAGAAGGAGGCGAAAAAUCCAAAGUUUAACUUUCUCUCCAUCACCGAUCCAUACCAUGCCUACUAUAAGAAAAUGGUUUAUGAUUUUUCGGAGGGACGAGUGGAGGCCCCGAAACCGCCACCAGCGGUGGUUUCGCAUGUCAAGAAGGCUGAAUUCAUUCCAACGGCUCCACCACUUGCUUUUGAUUUCUCUGCUGAUCCAUCUACGAUCAACGCUUAUGAUUUGGAUCUCAUCCGCCUUGUCGCCUUGUUUGUUGCCCGAAAUGGCCGUCAAUUUUUAACCCAGCUAAUGACCAGAGAGGCCAGAAACUACCAAUUCGACUUCUUGAAACCAGCUCAUUGUAACUUCCAAUACUUCACAAAGCUCGUAGAUCAAUACCAACGAGUUCUUGUCCCAUCGACAAACAUUGUGGAGCAACUAGAAGCAGAAGCGAAGAAUAAGAAAAAACUUCUGGAUGAUAUCAACUAUCGAGUCUCCUGGGAGAAGCAUCAGAAGGGACUCAAGGAUCGUGAGGAAGCAGAAGCCGAGAAGGAGCGAAUGGCUUAUGCGCAAAUCGAUUGGCACGAUUUUGUGGUAGUUCAGACAGUGGACUUCCAGCCGGGAGACUCCUCUCAACUACCACCUCUUUGUACUCCAAAAGAUGUCGGUGCCAGAAUCCUAUUGGAAGCUAGAAACGAGAUGCAGAAGGCUGCCGCUGAGAUGCAAGAAAUGGAUAUGGAGGAGAGUGAUUCUGAAGAUGAGGCUGAAGCAGCUCCACCAGCAGAGGCACCAUCGUUCACUGCUCCACUGCCACCUACAAAGCAGAAGGAUGUGAUUGUGAGGGACUACGAUCCAAAGAAGAAUCAGAAGACGCAGCAACGGCCGUCGAAGGAAAGCUGGUUUGUUUCUCCGUUGACUGGAGAGAAGCUGCCAUCCGGAAAGCUGGAUGAGCAUGUUAGAUACAACACGGUCGAUUCGCAGUACAAAGAAGACAGGGAUCGUUAUGUUGGUGAGAGAUCCGCAGAGGAGCCGGUGCUUGCUUUGGGUGCUGAUAUCUCUAGAAACCUCGGACAGUUCGCCGAACGUCGUACUGAUAUCUUCGGUGUCGGUGGAGAACAAACGAUGAUUGGAAAGAAGUUGGGCGAGGAGGAAGGAGGUCAGCAAGGGCAGAAUAAGCUAAUUUGGGAUGGAACUGAAGAGUCAAGAGAUAUGAUUACGCGAGCUGUUCAGAAUCAGGUCACUAUUGGUAAGACUGAAACUAGGUCAGGUUCAAAAAAAAUCUGCAAAUUUUCAGACCAACAAAUCAAUGAGAUCCAUCGUCAACACGGUUUUGUCGCCGACCCGAACAAGGAGAAAAUCGGACAGCAACAACACCAAAUGCCACAUCAUCAGACCACCCAAGGAAGUGUCACCAUCACACAAGGAAUCGGAAGUAUCCCGGGACAGAUGCCAGGAGGACAAUGGCCUGGAGCACCAGCACCACCGAUGGGAAUGCCUGGAGCACCACGACCAAUGGAUUUCGGAAGUGGACCACCAGCAAAACGGGCUCGUACUGAAGAGGACUUGGAGCCUGAAGAGGAGUGGCUUAAGAAGGUUAAUGGAUCGAUUGAGGUGAUGGUUCAGCUGCCACAAUCUCCGGAGAAUGGAAUGGAUGGAUCGAUUGUGAUGUUUAACGUGCAGGUUACAGCGCCGGUGAGUUGGGAGAUGGGGGGAUAUGGCAUCAGCAAACUAACUAAAGUUUUUCAGCUCUCCGAAUUGAAGCAGCAAAUCCAAGAUCGAUAUUCAAUGGCGAUUGGAAAACAAAAACUGAUGAGCGAUGGAUUCUUUGUGAAAGACAAUCUGAGCAGCGCCUACUACAAUCUACACAAUCGAUCUCUUAUCAUUCUCCAGGUCAAGGAGCGGGGAGGAAAGAAGAAAUAG